AUGCACGGAGGUCUUGGCUACGAGCGCUCUGCAACCAUCAUUGACCUCGAGGAACACGCCGCCCCAGACCCUCUCUAUUCCACCCCUGGUCCCCCGCGCGUUGCUGACUCCUUCUUCCCCGCUGACCUCUCGCGAGAUGACCAUCGCUCCAAGAAGCGCAAGAUCGAGCGCGCAUGCGACUUUUGUCGGAAGCGGAAGACAAAAUGCGAUGGUCCCAAGAUGCUGGAUAAUGUGUGCACGAAUUGCUUGCAGACAGGCAGGAGUUGCACCUAUAUUGAGAGCUCGAAACCUCGAGGCCCUCCCAAGGCCUAUGUAACAGCUCUGGAGGAUCGUGUCGAGAAAAUAGAAGCGUUGCUUCGCAGACUGAGGCCGGACACAGAUUUUACUACCGAACUCGGUCCUCCUGUCGUCCGAGACUCUUGGAAAGCAGACGCACAGAUCGCACAGUCGGUCGCUCAGACAGCUUCAACAUCAUCGACAAACUCCACCGCCGCGCCGUCGAGCAGUCGCAGUCACAUAUUGCUACCGAUGACCACAGCGAUCUUGUCGCCUGGUUUUGCGUACCGAGGUCCGGCUGGAGAGCGUGCCGGUGCUUCUUCCGUCAGGCAUAAGUCUCCGCGACGAUAUCGCAAGAAAAGUCAACACCCUGUGGCUGAUGGCAGCACGAGUCAAAAUGAGGAGGGGUCGUCUGAUUCCUCGCUAUCCGCGUCCGACCAUGAAGAUUCCUCUGUUGAACUCAGCCUGGUGCAGGGUAUGACACACCUGACAAUGCGUGGCCUACAGCCAGCAAAUGUCAAUGGUAAGCAAGCCAUGGACGGACAGUGGAGGUUCCACGGAAAGAGCAGCUCCUUCAAGCUCAUAAAUGCUACGAGAGAGCUUAAGCAGCGGCACAUGGAUGAAAUGGCGGGGGCAUCGUCGCCAGAGUCUCUGGCGUCCGGCUCGAACUCAAAUAGUACCCCUGGUCCUGGCUACGCACUCAGGAGGUCCGAGUAUUGGUGUUCUUUGCCUGUGAGCUUCCUUGCAUGGGAAAUUUCAUUUGAAGGCGCCGAUCGAUCGACAACGCCAUCCUUCUUGAUGUCCCGCUUUCCGCCACUGGAUUUAGCAAAUGAUUUGAUACAGAUAUAUUUUGGUGUACACAACACCAUAUAUCCGCUCUUACACCGUCCUACUUUUGACAAACAAUGGCGAGAAGAAUUGUACAAGACUGACGUCUGGUUCGCUGGUGUUUGCAUGGGGCUCUUUGCAGUGGCCAGCCGAUGGAGUCACGAUCCAAGAGUGCUUCCAGAUGAUAUUGCACAGUCUGCCUCGGACGAAUCGCCAGAUGGUGUGUGGGGACUGGCAGGUUGGAAGUUUGUUGAUGUAGUCCUUGAUGUCCAUCGAUACCGCCGUAGCUUGUUUCUCCCUGCAAACUUAUUCGAAAUACAAACUCUUGUGCUCAUGGCAGUAUACUUCAGAGGAACUGCUGCUCACAGUGAGUCCUGGACACUUGUUAGCAUUGGCAUCCGCAAGGCGCAGGACGUUGGUGUACAUCGUAGGAAAGUUUAUGGGCGAAAACCUACUGUCGAAGAAGAGCUUUGGAAGAGAGCUGUCUGGCAUUUAGUUUCGAUUGAUCGUGUGGGAGCUUUGAUGGCCGGCCGGUCAUGCUGCUCAGGAGAAGAGGAUUUUGAUCUGGAGCUUCCCCUCGAGGUGGACGACGAGUUCUGGGAGGGUGACAGCACGCGAGAACCUUUCCGGCAGCCUCACGGAAAACCUGCUAAUGUCACCGCCUUCGUCCACUGGAUCAAGUUGAGCCAAAUAUGCGCAUCGACACUAAGAACCCUCUAUGCGUUAAGCCGUUCUAAGCAGCCGCUCGGGCUCGUAGGGCCACAUUGGAGAGAGGAAACCGUUUCGCAACUAAAUGAAGCUAUGUUGGAAUGGAUCCACAAUGUGCCACCCCACUUGAGAUGGCCUCCACCAAUGGACAACAACACCUAUGCAACACAAUCCUCCAUGCUAUAUUUAUCCUACUACAUGGUUCAAAUCACGGUGUAUCGACCCUUCAUGCCAGCUCCUCGUGUGAUUGCACUUGGUGACUAUUCCUUGAAGAGGGAACAACCCGACCAGCUCGAUGAUUCUCUUUCUUCACUAUCACUGUGUACAAAUGCAGCCAAAGCUGGCGCGCGCAUUUUGGAGAUAGUACAAGAACGUGGACUCGUUCUGCACACACUUUAUGCCCAUUAUGCUUUCCUUUAUUCUGGCGUUUUACUCGUCAAUAAAUGGACGCAGCUCGGCCGGGAAUACGUCCAGAGACAUCAGCAUUCUCAUGGCUACGAAGAUGGAAAGCUGUCAACGAACGACGGGCAGACUGAGGAGAUCUAUGCUUUACUCGACCUUCUGAAAGGUACCGACAGUCGAUCUAUUUCAGAGGCACUUCCGCCGAAUUCUGCCCCUGUUUUAAGUAGCAUACCGAAGCCACAUCUAUACGAAGAAGCAUCCGCACGUCGGUCCACGGUCUGUAGCUCUGCCGGGCGCAAUUUGAGGCUAUAUUAUCCUUCAUCUGGUCCUGUGGAUGAGCUUCCCGACCGCGUUUACCAUCCUGACAUUCCUCAGUCCCAACUAAUUGCUCCAACUAGCUCACAUUCGUAUCAUCCUUCAAUGAUUGAAUAUCAGGACUUUCCACCAUACGGUGAUUCAUCUCACCUUUGGCCAUUACACGAGAUACCUUCUUCCCGACGUUCCAGCUACGUGCAACCCGAUGAUUAUCUACCUCAAGUACCGUGGUCGGCACCCCAUCAACCACCUCGUCGCCAGGACAAUGACAUUCAUGCAUACAACGGGCAGGCUCCUGUUGUGGAUUAUGCGUUUCAUCGGCCAACAGACUACCGCGCGAACCCACCACCUCCCGCUGCCACUGACCAUUUGCAUAAUAUGAACGUAUCUAAUCUAGAUGCGACAGAGGCACUGCCAGGAGCUCCAACCGCUCACGUCAAGCAUGAACGUACCGAUGACACCAUCCCUUUGCUCUCAUAUCCAGAACCUGUCACAUACGACCACCUUCAUGUUUAUCGGCAUCCUCCACCCUCAUUUGCGGCUCCAAAUCCUUCAGGGCAAUGGGAUAUGGGCGAACAGCGGUGA